AUGCCUCAACAACACAACGCAAUUGCUAUUCAAGAAGAAGGUAGAGUUAAUCUUGCCCUUCAAGCCUAUACGUUUGGCCAAUUUAAGACCCUCUGGCGCGCUGCAGCAGCUUUUAACGUGGCAGAUAUAGCUGAUAAACUGCUGGCUGUACGCGGUGGCAAGCCUGUUGGCAAGUGCUGGCCUGAGCGCUUUGUAACGCGUUCAGAUGAGCUUAAAAUGGCCUUCAAUCGAGCCAAGGAUAGGCAGAGGAUACUCUAG